AACUUACAAGUUAUAUUCAGCUUUACCCAACAAACGGUAGCUCUGAAUACUUCUUUGAACAUUUACUUACGGGGGAUUCUACACAAGACGGAAAAUGACAGCUUCAGAUAGAGUAGUCCUAGCUCUCGGGGGAGCAGGUACAGUUGGAUCGGGAAUUGUUAAAGCCUUACUUGAAAAAGGAUUUCGUGUUGCUGUGAUCUCUCGUGAUGGAAACAGACUUGAAAAACUGAAGAACUUUGUCCCAGCUUCUACCAGAGACAAACUUUACACACUAGUGGGAAAUGUUGGUACUGAAGAAGGCGCUGAAACUGCUAAAGCCAGUCUCCUGAAAAGCGUAGGAAAGGUGACAGAUAUUGUAUCAUCAUUGGGCUUCAGCUGGUGGCAGGGUGGUCCACCUCAUACUCAGACUCUCAAAGAGCUGAAUCAUGUCUUGGAAACUCUUCUCCUAAGCACAUUUACGUCCUGGAAAGCCUUUUUCCCACUUGUGAAAGAUAACCCAAACGGAACAUACACAUUCAUAACUGGGGGUGCAGGUGAGCGAUUGCUUAUGCCUGGGACUGGAUUUCUCACUUUGGGAGCAGCAGGCAGUUUAGCUUUCUGCCAGGUUGUGAGGAGCGAAUACCCUGAUAUACCCUGCAAAGUGAAUGAGAUCAAGAUAAACAUGGGAGUGGCCAUGCCAGAAAGGAUGGGCCCAGGGUACGUCAGCCAUCUGGAUGUUGGAGAGGCUGUCGCUUCAGUGGUGGAGCGGAGGAACAGUUCCCACAAAGUGUUCUGUGUUAGCUCUCCUGCUGACCUCAAAACAAUCAUUCUGGAAGGAAAAGUCUAAAGAUUUCAUGGAAGACUAUGCCUUGAAGAACAAGUAGUAAAAGCACUUAUGUAAACACAUACACCUUACCUUUUAGAGCAGUUAUAAUAGAACUGUAGUGAGCACCAGUAAUCUUCAGCAUUACUAGAUUACCCGCUAUAUGUUCACCUUCUGUAUAAAUUUUUAGUCGCAUUUUACUUUAAUAUACACAUACCUGGUCUAGUUGGAAAGGUACAUGUUUAUUCAUUAGAUGUAAUUUAGAAGGAGAUGCUUACCUGAACACUCAGAGCUAAUGGCCAAAUCAGGGGUGGUAUGAAAAUUUCUGUGGAAGUGAUUAUUUAAUGUAAGCCCUAAAUAUGGUCAAAACCACAAAGACUGAAAAAUGGUUCAUGGUAUCUUCAUUUUGUAGGAAGCUGCUGUCUGCUGUAAGAUACUAGAACUUUAAACAAAUUAAUAAAUGAUGCAGCCUUCUAAACAAAUAAGACCAAGAUGGUCUAAAGAGGGGCUUUUCACAUUGUAAGUAUGAAUUGCCAGUGUUUAAACCACCAUAAUGACUUGGUGUGGGUUACAUGAAAAAACACUAUCUCACUUUUAUUGGGAAUAAAAAAAUGUGUUUAUGCAAUCUUCAAAAUCAGUCAAAGAAUCAAUUCUAUAGGUAGAACCAAUUGACACACUUAAACAGAGUUCUAGUUAUAUAUAUAUAUCAGGGGAUGAAGCACACGUCAUCCUCUGAUCAUUGCAAUAUCUGUUUUCCUAAAUAGUUUUGAAUGAAGCCCAAAAAGAAUUUUGGUUUAUUUUAAAAGGGCCAAAAUAGUAGCAUUUAAAAUGAGAUUUGGAAGUGCUGAGUGGUCUUUCGGUAAAGUAAAUGUAAAGAAAUCCAAUGUAAAAGGAGUAGCAAAAUCUUAGCAUUCAGUUCUAUUCUAACAUUUAUGUGAAAGCAAAUGAAGAACAGUGUUUGCAUUGUAUGAGUUUCACCUUAAUGCUCCUGCUACUUUAGAGUAGUGUGUCUGUUGCCUGCUUUUUACACUCCAAAUAAUCUUUACCUUUCUUGCAUGUUAUAUUAGUCUGAAAGCGGCUUUUCACUGGAUGCUGUGUGAUGUGCAGCCAUUCACAUUGUGCUUAACCUGCGUACAAACAAAAGAUGAUGCUUUUUUAACCGGUAACGGUGCUUGCUCGCAGUCAGAAACAUUAUUUUUUCCUUCAAUUUUAUUUUCCUGGUUGUGCAUGCUGUGCAGUAGCAAGGAACAUGCUUAGAAACUGCAUGGAAUGUGUAAUAUUUUUAUUAUCACACAAUUCUAUUUUUAAAAGCACUUUCAAAUAAACAAAACAAGCAUAUUCUUUCUUUUUUAUGCAAUAUCAGUGUAUUAUGUUUAUUUAAUUAUUAAAUAUUUAUUAGUGAGAUUCCACACUGUCCUCCAAACUUUACAGGUCAUAAUGUCACCGUACACCCCAUUGCAUGAUAAGAUCUCAUCAAGGCCUCUAUUCUUCAAUUUUCUAAUUCUCAUUGUUCCACAAUUGGACCACAGUGAACCCGCUAUACUUUAACGCUAAAUUAUCACAUGACAAACAGACAUGCAUGCCAGCACUCACUCAUAUUGGACUGCAAAUCAUCAUAUCUUAUUUCUUUAUGAUGAGACAGGAGGCAUACUGUAAGAACCAGGAGAAAACCGGUGUAGACAUGCAUAGAAUAUGUAAAGUCCAUACUGAUUCUGAUGGGGCUGGGCGGUAAUGAUUUCCUCUCUCCAGGGUUUGCUGUACAGCAAAAUUUCAUUCAUUUCAUCUCUUUCAUUUCUGUAAUGGGAAUUGGCAAAGAGGUUCCAGAAUUAAAGAAGGUAAAAGUGAAGGGGCAUCCAGUAAAUAUUCAAAACAUCACUCAUAAUCAACCUGUAACGUCUCCUUCUGCAGUACACUCAUUAGGAAAGCCAACUUAAGAACUACGACUCUAAUAUUUCACUUUUAGAAAACUUUAGGCUGAUACAGCUCAAAAAACAAGUUACAUUUAAAAAUAUUUUGUACUGUGUUGCUUUGCAUCCUCACAACAUUCAUUCUUUCUUAUCAGCAAUAGAAGUCCACUUUUUGGUGUGAAUUCUAAAGUAAAACUAACGAGACUCCUACAGUGUCCAACCCGCUAUAUCCUAACACAGGGUCACGGGAGCCAAACUCAGCCAGCACAAGGCGCAAGGCAGGAACAAACCCUGUGUAGGGUGCCAGCCCACCGCAGGGUGCACACACACACACACACACACACACACGCACACACACACACCAGGGACAAUUUAGGAUCGGCAAUGCACCUAACCACUGUCCUUUCCUCCUCUUCUUGUUAUUUUUCUGCUUUUUGCUUCCAGACAUGUCUGUCCCCUUCAUGAUUUAUGAAAAUGGUGCUGAUUGUAUUUAACAUUACUAAAAAAAGUACCAUUCAUCACAGACACUCCAUGCUGCCCACAGUGACAAUAUUUCCGCAGAAAAAUCAGAAGUGACCACUUCAUUUCAUUGUAUGAAUUCCAAUUGAUAAUCAAGCUAGUUUGUGAAUGCUAUGAAACAUAUGUGGAAAAACUGGAUUGUCUUUCUCUUUUCUGAAUUGCCCAUUGAUGAGGUUCUUCAAAUGAUUUGUUGCAUGUAGCAUUCUGUGUUUUAUCUUUCAAGAAUGUCUACUUGCUAGGUGUCAGUCUUGUAAAAUUAAUAAGCACGUUAUCUUACGAGUUACUUCACACACUCAGAAAGCCCGUAGGCCCUUAGGCACGUAGGCACGAGAGGCACGGUUUAAAACCAUGUGCCCUCUACACCUAACACAUGGCAAGGCUGGUCAUUAACUCUUGAUAGCCACUCCUGAUGAGAAAACAAAUCUCCAAUACAAGUGAUUGAAAUGUCAGCAGAGCCACCUCACCUGUUUACGCAGCCUUAAACAGAGAUUUUAACUCUCCAUCAGGUACUAAUUUCAGAUAUGUUAUGCUUAAGAAAUAUGAACUACAACUAGCAAGCAGAGUCUCUACAACCAACAGCUAACAGUAGGGCAUCAAUUCAUGCAAUUUUUACAUCUAUGAAAGCUUUUUCAGUUACCACAAUCUAUCUGAACCCCAGUGUUAAACUAUAGAAUAUAGUAAAGUGCUAUUGAAAUAUUUUUAUAUACUGUACUAAUACAUGGUUUGUCAUGUGGUGAGUGUGGCAACGCAUGGUAAUUAGUCCAUGCUCCCACUAAUACAUAUAAUUACAUUAUAUUCUGUUAUUUCUGAAUAUAUCUUUUGAUGAAGUAAAUUAACAAAAAAUAAAAGUACUCCAAGUUAUAAAACAGUUAAAUAAGUCUGUGAAAUGCACUGGAAUCUCACACCAGGCAUACUUUGUCUCUGCAUUCAUUCACCAUUGCCUGAUCAUUUUGGAUUGUAAUUUUAAAAAUUUUGGAUUUUCCCUUUGACGUUUGCUUUAACAAUGUUUGUUCUGACACUCAUCAAUUCACUGCAUUUCAAUCUUUUGUUCCUGAUGCAUCUCUGAAUUUUGAUUCACACCCUGAUAAUUUGGAGUAGAGUCCAAUUGUGGCAAAGAGCACAACUUGAGGUGACGAGUCUCCUAUUGGUGACUCUCCCAGAUGUUUGGAUGGGGAGGUUUUCAGGAUUUAAGGCAGCUAUGACAUCUUGUAUGUGUGUCAAUGGAACCAAGUACAUGGGAACAGAGGAAAAGAAUUCAGAAAAUAAUACAGCAGAUGAAAUAUAGAGAUCAACCAAAAUAUUUUUUCACUGGAUAACAAAUUCUUACAAUAAUCAGUGAGGGAAAGAUGAAUUAUAUUAAGCUGAUCAAAACAUGAAACUGUAUUUUCUAUGAGAAAUGAUGUAAUGGCAUCAAUGAUUUAAAAAAUUAUUGUCAUUAGGAACAGACCUAUUUUGUAUUUCUUUAACAGCAUUAAAAAUUUGAAGACCAAUAAUAGAAAGCCAAUCUGGUGGCCAUGCUGUUACAACGCUAUUUUUGUUUCAUUUAAUUGCCACUAUAUUGUCACUUGACCUCUACUUUGGUUCAGUGUAAAAUUUUGUACAGUAUAUAAAAUGAAUCUGAAAGGCAGCUCAGUAUUGUUGAUUUCAUGCAAAAUAUUCCUAAAGGCAUUUUCUAUACUGCGUGAAAUUGUUCCUGUCAUUUAUAUCUGACUGUGGUGGAUUGGCACCCUGCCCAGGAUUGGUUCCUGCCUUGUGCCCUGUGUUGGCUGGGAUUGGCUCCAGCAGACCCCCGUGACCCUGUGUUCAGAUUCAGCGGGUUGGAAACUUGAUGGAUGGAUUUACAUCUGAAAUGCCUCAUGUGAUAUCAGUGUUUCUGGAGUUACCAUUUGUGAGGAGUCAUUCGGUUUAUAAGCUGUUUGGGUCAAAAUUUUGGUAAGAAUGUGAAAGCGUUGUUGAUUUGCAACUUGAUCCAAACAAAAAGCAAUUUAGAUGUGCUCUGUUAUUUCCAUUAAAAAAACAAAGGGAAUGCAUUCAGUUUGUACCAGAGUUGGAGUGCAUGUGUUGCUGGAAAGAUCUUCAUCUUUGUGCUGUUUUUUUUUUUCCUAAUCAUUCUACAGAAUAAAUCUCAUUGAGUUUGCGGCAUGUUUAUGGUAUAAACCACAGAUUCAAUUUAGAAACAUAUAAAUGAAUAAAACAUAAAUAAGCAAGUACUUGAAGAGAAAGUGAUACAUUUUCAAAACAUGUUGAUACUGGCAUAAUUUUUAAAAUGUAAAAAUAUACAUCUGGGUGGAGCUGCAGUGUAAAAAUUCCUUUUGAACUAAGAUGAGUCAAUUUUGAUGCUGGACCACAUGUGGGCUCCCGCUACUUGUUAUAAUUUAUUCUUUCUUGUGAUUUUAUUAUAGAGGGCAGACCAUUCAGUUGUAAUGCCUCCUACGUCUGUUUAAUUGUGCUUUGCAUUGCCAUAUGUGCAAGUGUGGAAGAGAUGGCUAGCAGAUGCACUUCACUGAUUUCUGGUGGUGACCCCAAUGUCUGCUUUUAUUUGUAUUCAGUGAAAAGCAUUUACUUGGUGUUGACAACAAAAUAAAGGCUUGGUUGUUAAUGUUAUGAUUUUGUUCAACACCCACAAUACUUAGAAACACAUUUCAAUGCCAUCCAUGCUAUUAUAGGGUUUCCCUCUGCUGUACCUUCAUCAGAAAAUGAUUGUCUCAGUUUAUGUUAUUGUUUUUUUGUCUAUUAGCAUGUUUUAAUAAAUUUUGUUUGAAUUGAAA